AUGUACAUAGGGUCAUCUUCAAGUCAGGUUCCUCGCCGACUGUUGGCUGCCGAUGGCAUUUCAUCCGUCAAUCUUAAGCUGAAGGGUCUUAGCCGUGGCUUUUAUGCCAAGCACCAGCGUAUAGUAGCAGGACCGUGCGCGUCGGAAGAGUCUCUGCACGAUGGCCUCCCCUCCUCGCAACCCCAGACGAUGCAGUUUGUGCUCGGAAUGUCAGAUGUUCUCUUCGUCUCGGUCGCCACGUUCUCUGGAAAGGAGUACCUGUUCUCUGUGGAGCGGGCUGCGAACCAUCGUGUUCGUGACAUCAAGAAGCGGAUAUGCGAGCGCGAGCUUCCUUCGAGUUCGGAAGACGUGGAGCUUGUCCUUGCCGGCACGCCUCUGGAAGACCACUGUCUCAUCAACGACUUGGACAAGCAUCGGGAUUUCGGAGCCGUUGGGUCCUGCCAUUUGCAUCUUCUCGUGCGGAAGAAUGCUCGUGUUCAUGCGAAGUCCGGUCCGGGCCGGACAAUGGAGCUUUCUGUCAACGCUACAGAGAUUGCCUCGUUGCCGUCAAUACAGGAGGUUGGCGACGAAGAAUGCCCUGCAGCUGUUCCUCUGGCCCUUCCCUGCUCGAGAACCACAUCCAGUGAAACAAUCCAGCCGACAAUGCUUGGAAAUCAUCCUUCUCUGAAAGGGGAAGGCUUCCGGGCGAUGAUGAGGGAUGUGGGAACCGGCCUUCUCGAAGGCCACGUUCCGCACCUGACUUCUGACGGCUCGGGUGGUACUUACCUCAUGUCCGACGCUUCGGGGGCGUCGACAGUAGCUGUAUUUAAGCCCAUGGACGAGGAGCCUCUCGCUGUAAAUUGCCCCCGCGGGAUGGCUCCGAGCCUCGAUGGGGAAGGGUUGAAACGUGGCACUCGAGUGGGAGAAGGUGCUUUCCGUGAAGUCGCAGCUUACCUUCUGGAUCAUCCACUGAACGAAGGAGACAGCGAGGGCUACGCAAGCGUUCCUCCGACCACGCUUGUCGGCUGCUCCGCCAGCUUUUUCCCUCGCUCUGAUUCUCCGCGGAGUCCUCUGGAUGACUUGGAAGGGAAGAAGGUCGGCUCGCUUCAGAAGUUCGUCCAAUCGUUCAGCAACUGCGAAGACAUGGGACCGUCGCGCUUUCCUGCGUCGGAGGUUCACAAGAUCGCGGUUCUGGACAUGAGGCUUGCCAACACGGACCGGAAUGGUGCCAACAUUCUUGUACAGAGGGUCGACGGUCCGAGUGGGGUCAAGCUUAUUCCAAUCGAUCAUGGUUAUUGCAUUCCUGAUAAGUUUGAGGAUUGCACGUUUGAGUGGCUGUACUGGCCCCAAUCCAAGGUUCCCUUUGCUGAGGAGACUCUGGAGUACAUAUCUAAACUCGAUGCCAACAAGGAUAUUCAGAUUCUCAAGGAGAGCGGCUGGUCUCUCAACCCAGCAUGCAUCAAGGUGCUUCAAGCUGCUACCAUGCUUCUCAAGAAGGGUGCAUCGGUAGGCAAGACUCCGUUCGAGAUCGGAUCCAUGAUGGUUAGAGAUGACCUGGAUGUUCCUUCUCUGAUCGAAUCCCUGGUGGAGGAAGCCGAGUCACAGGCUCAGAGGGUUGGAAACCAGUCCUUUGAGGCGUGCUUUGAAGCAGUGUUAGAUCAGCUGCUGUUUUAG